AUGAGUAGCAUCCUUGCAAAAUUAUUGUUUUCAUCUUUGUGCAUGCUCUUUGUGCUCAAAACACAGUCUUUAGUAUUUGCAGAUCAAAGACUUGCUAUAGUCUAUCCAGUGAUCCAAAACUUCAAAUCCUUGAUCACUUCAGAUCCAUUAGGUGUUACAAAAUCAUGGAUAGGUUCUGAUAUAUGCAACUACAAAGGCUUCUACUGUGAUAAUCCACCAGAUAACAACUCAGCUAUUGCUUUAGCUUCUAUAGAUUUCAAUGGCUUUCAUCUCAGUGCUUCAACACUUGAUGGUUUUAUCGAUAAACUUCCUGAUAUUGCUCUUUUUCAUGCAAAUUCUAAUAAUUUCAUUGGCACAAUCACUUCUCAAAUCACCAAACUUCCUUAUCUUUAUGAGCUUGAUUUAAGCAAUAACCAAUUUUCAGGUCCUUUUCCUAUAGCUGUUCUUGGUAUGAACACUUUAACAUUCUUGGAUAUAAGGUUCAAUUUCUUCUCUGGUGGAGUUCCACAACAGAUCUUCACACAAAACCUUGAGAUUCUUUUCAUCAAUGACAAUCUUCUCACACAAAAGUUACCUGAAAACUUAGCUACAAGUUCAAUAUUCUUACUCACUUUGGCUAACAACAAAUUCGUGGGUCCGAUACCAAGGAAUCUUCCGAAGGCUUUGUCGAGUUUAACAGAAGUUGUUUUACUAAACAAUGAAUUAACAGGCUGUUUGCCUCAUGAGAUAGGUUAUUUUCAAGAGGCUGUAGUUUUUGAUGUUGGAAACAAUCAACUUACUGGUCCUUUGCCGUUUUCUCUAAGCUGUCUCGAGAAAGUUGAGGUUGUUAAUUUGGCUGGUAACAUGUUUUAUGGAAUUGUUCCAGAAAUUGUGUGUGCAGGUUUGGUGAACUUGGUGAAUUUUUCGUUGUCUGAUAACUAUUUUACUCAUGUGGGACCUUUUUGUAGGAUGUUGAUUCAAAGAGGUGUUCUUGAUGUUGGGAGGAAUUGUAUUCAUGAUCUUCCUUUUCAAAGAUCAGUGAUUGAGUGUGCUGAAUUCUUUGCAAAACCAAAGAUUUGUCCAUUUAUGUGGUUUCAUAGUUUUUUUCCUUGUAAGUUUCCAUUUCAAAAGUCUCAAGUUUCUUCUGUUCCUUAG